UAAUUCAGGAGUCCUUUAUUGCCGGCGACCGAGAGACGACUACAGCUCAAAAUUCUCUCGGCCCUGAAGAAGGGGCUAGAUUUCUUUUUAUACCUUGGUCUAAAUAGGGGAGGGGUAGUCUAGCUGAAGCAAUUUUUACAGAAGCAGAACAGGCAAAGAGUUAAAAGAUAAAUGGUUACAGAAACAGUUACAGGAAAAUAAACAGUUCCAGGUGCAUGGGGCUUAAAUUAUCACAAAGAGAUAAACGCAGGGGCUUUGGGUACCAUCAACCGAGCGCGUUCCCAGGAGCUGCUGGUACAGCUUGCCUCAGUAUCUUAUCAGUAAGCACAUUCCUGGAUGUGCUUGGUGUCAAUUUGCACCAGUUAUGUCCUUAAGGGAGGGGGACAAGGUGCUGCAAGCGAAGAAACCAAAAUGGAGUCUGUCCCGCUCUCUCAGCUAAGAGAGAGUCAAUCAGGUUAAAACAAGGUAGGGUAUCAAGCUGUAAUCCCAGCGCUUUGGGAGGCCGAGGAGGGCAGAUCCUUGAGCUCAGGAGACCAGCUUGGGCAACAAGAUGAGAGUCUCACACCCCGCCCUGUCUCUACAAAAAACAAAACAAAACAAAACAAAACAAAAAGCCAGGCAUGGUGGCUCAUGUCUGUGGUCCCAGUUACUGCGAGGCCGACGUGAGAGAAUCACUUGAGCCCUGGAAAUCGAGGCUGCAGUGCCCGUGAUCACACUCCAGCCUGGGCGAAAGAGACCCUGUCUCAAAAAACAAACAAAACAAUGUGAAAUUAAACCAAAAGCCAUCACACGUGCAUCCAAAGGACGGCCGCUACCCGCGACCCCUUCCCAAAGCAGGCGGGAGGUUGCGGGAUCAGGGACAGGGGCUUCAGCAGGGAGCCCCCAGACCGGCCCUGACAGGAAUUCAAGACCUGGCGCCUGCUCAUUCCCCUAGUCGGGGCGGCGGCGGCAAGCCUCGGCCGGCGGCGAUCUGCAGACCAGCGGAGAAGAGAGGCAGGGGUUGACCCCACAGCCCAGCCCGGCGCGUCCCCCGCGCCCCCGCGCGAGCCCGAGCCGCCGGCGGAAGUGCUGCGUCGCGCACUUCCGGGUGUUGUCUGGCCGCCGUAGCGCGUCUUGGGUCUCCCGGCUGCCGCUGCUGCCGCCGCCGCCUCGGGUCGUGGAGCCAGGAGCGACGUCACCGCCAUGGCAGGCAUCAAAGCUUUGAUUAGUUUGUCCUUUGGAGGAGCAAUCGGACUGAUGUUUUUGAUGCUUGGAUGUGCCCUUCCAAUAUACAACAAAUACUGGCCCCUCUUUGUUCUAUUUUUUUACAUCCUUUCACCUAUUCCAUACUGCAUAGCAAGAAGAUUAGUGGAUGAUACAGAUGCUAUGAGUAACGCUUGUAAGGAACUUGCCAUCUUUCUUACGACGGGAAUUGUCGUAUCAGCUUUUGGACUCCCUAUUGUAUUUGCCAGAGCACAUCUGACUUGGGAACAAGCAUGGAGGCCUCCAUGGUGGCUGUUAGAUCUGCCUGGAGGUCACACGCACCUCCUCUACUCCCCUUUCGUUGCCGGAGCAAGUCACACAGCCACACCUGAUCUCAAGACAUGGGGGAAUGUGAACGCCAGCAAGACAGUUGACCGCCCUUCUUUAUACAACUCUUCCCUUAUUUCUCUCCUGCUCCUGAAACUCAGAUGGGGUGCCUACCUUUCUUCAGCAAGAUGGGAACAGCUGAGUCUGAAGGAAGAGAAACACUGACACAGCAGCUGCCUCUCCCAGCAGCCGCCAUGGGAAGAUUGUUACCUGCAAGCAGAGUGUCCACUCAACCCGUGCUGAGGCUGGCAGACAGUGCUGAGUCACUUCUGGGCAGGCCUGCUCUGUGGGCUCUAGGAUUCCUGCUUUGCCCUCCCUCUCAGGCACAAUGACAACUACUGCUCAGUGCCAGACACUGCACCAUGUAGGCAACACGUGGCAGCGAUGAUUAGUCACAAAAUCAGAUUUAUAUUCAUUCUAAUGAAACUGCCAUUGCAAAAUUAUAACUGAGACAGUGAAAGAAGUCUGACCUAACCAACUCCAUCUUGCUUCUAACCUCCAAGCUGUCCUUGUUCAUUCCUGGGACUCAUUUUGGGAGGAACUUAGUUAAUAGCUUACAGUUUAAAACAAAGACAAUCACAGACCUUUCCCAAAACAAACCCCCUUCUUGCCUGGAAACUAGACUGCCUUUGUAGGAUUAACAAAUCAGCCGAAAGAUUAGAAAUUAUGGUUUAGGAGUCAUGCAGCUGGAGAUGACAAGAUUCUGACACUCCUCCAAUUGCUCCUGGGGAUAACAUUACUAUUCUAAGGCCUCACAUCAGUGCUUGAGAUAUUUUGCAGACCCUGCCCUUGAUGGAUCAGCUGGUACUACCCAGAUCGAUAAACUGGCUCAUCUUAUCUUGUGGCCCCCACCCAGGAACUGACUCAGUGCAAGAAGACUGUUCUGACUCCCUGUGAUUUCAUCUCCAACCCAACCAAGCAGCACUCUCAACUCACUGGCCUCCCCCUACCCACCAAAUUAUCCUUAAAAACUCAGAUCCCCAAAUGCUCAGGGAAACUGAUUAUGAUUACCCCAAACGCUUGGAGUAAUAAUAAAACUGGCCUGUCUCCUGCACAGCCAGCUCUCUGUGAAUUACUCUGUCUUUACUGCAAUUCCCCUGUCUAUCUAGGCAGUGGAGAAGGUGAACCCACUGGGCGGUUACAUUAACAUUCACAACAAUCUUGCAGCACAGUAUUGUUAGCCCCAUAUCUUUUCCAGAAAAAGAAAUGAGUCUGAAAGAGGUAAAAUGACUUGCUCAAGGUCACACUGGUCAAAUGUGGAAAAAUUAGGACUCCAACCCAACACCCAGGUUCUCUCUGCUACCACCGUGGUGCAAGCAAACUGUAGGUGGGCUGAGCAUGACCAACGAACAGGCUGCUUACCUCACAGAAGGAGGCUCAUGCAGAUAAUACUCAGUGUAGUGCAGACCUAGGUGACACAAGGUCUGCCAGCUCAUCUGAAAGCAGAAGGUCCACCUGUGGACUUGCUGAGGGGCCAGGGAACAGAGGAGAGCCACGGCGCAGAAAGCAGGGGUGAAGAUGAGCACGGCGUAGGAACCCAUGGCAGCCACGGCCAGGGCACCUCCUCCAGCCAGGAGAAAGAGGUACCUGAAAGAGAAGGGACAUCUUGGGGAGAAUGACUUAGAACUGCACAGCAAAGGAAUUACUGCAGAUGUCACUCCAGGGAACCCAAUCUGGUAGGCCCCACACAACACCUAAAGUAGCCGUGCUGUUUGCACUCUGGGGCCUUCCUUUUGUUCUUCAGAAGAAAAGAAUCACGGGAGAAAGAGUCAGGGUAAAUUUGUAAAUUUCCGCCUUGAAGACAAAUCUUUUUUUUUUUUUUGAGACAGGGUCUCUCUCUGUCACCCAGGGUGAGUAUAGAGUUGCAAUCAUGGCUCACCACAGCCUUGACCUCCUGGACUCAAGUGAUCCUCCCACCUGGGAGGAACUACAGGCAUGCACCACCAUGCCUGGUUAGCUUUUUAUUUUUUUAGAGAUGGGGUCUUGGUGUGUCGCCCAGUCUCAAACUCCUGGCCUCAGGUGAUCCUCCUCCCUCGGCCUCCCAAAAUGCUACAAUUGCAGGCAUGAGCCACCCCCCUGGCCUGGAGACAAAUCUCAAUUCCUGCCUUAGUGGCCCUGGAACCUCUCUCUUUGAUGCCCUCCAUUCAAGCGAUUCCCUCCCAAGGUAUUCCACCGCCUGCCCCUGACCGUCCUGGAAGUCUGGCUAGCAAGGACAUCUUUGAAAUCUCCUGGUACGUCGUCUGACUGAAAAGCACUGUGAACCUAGUGUCAAGGAUCUAGAAGAGCGCCCUAGGCAUCCUCUCAAGACAAGUACCUUCCUUUUCACAGGGUCGUGCUACCCGGAAGCAUUCCAGAGGCUGACAGAGAAAGGAGACUCAACACUUCCCUUCGAAAAGUGAAAACUCAGAAAAAUCUUUAUAUCCACCCUUCAUCCUUACUACUGCACUUUAAGAUCUUAUGAGUUAGGAUUUUGUUUUGUUUUAUUAAAGUUUAUACUUAUUAAAGUUUAGGCCGGGCA